AUGAUUUCCAUGAUCGAAUCGUCAUCCUCAUCAUUGGACAGCCCUCUUCCUCCUCUGCCUGAAGCCAUUGAAACCUAUGAACAAACAAAGAUCAAAGUCUAUGAUCUAUUAAGGAAUGCACCCAAUACACUUCCAUUGGAAUUUAAUGGCGUUAGUUCCAGAUGUGUGGCUCUUGUCUUUGACUUUCAAAAAACUGAACAAUUGUCCUUGAAUCACCUUACUCCCGAAGAAAAGGCUUGUUAUUUGUGUAGCAUUAUUUUACAUGAGGUUCAUGAUACGCUUCACUCGUUACACGACAUUGCAGAGGAUAAGGUGGUUAAGGGAGAAGAAUUGUCCCAAAACGAAAUUCAAUUCAUUAAGGAUCUCACUCAACAAUACAACACCUUGCUUGAGGAUAUACUACCAGAGUUGGAAGUGAUGGUUGAACAACAAAACCCAAGUACGAGUUUUAUUGGUUCCAACAACAAUUCAAUGAUGAUGGCUGGAAUUGAUUCUUCAACACAACAACAGAGAGCCGACAGAAUCAUCAUAUUGGAUCAUGAGAGUAAAAAUGGAAUGGAGAAUAGGCAACGAUUGAACAGAUCAAACUCUCUAGCAUGCAAAUUGAAAGAUAUCACCAAGGAAUAUAUGGAUAUGAAGAAGGCAAAUCUCAGUACGCUUUUACUCUCCAAAGAGCAAGUUUCUCAGUUUGAAAAUCGACACAUUACCAUGUCCAAUGAAAGCCUUAUAUAUUAUACUACCGUCAUGCUAAUAUCUUCGGUUGAUGACAAUCACAAAUUUCGACAUUUAUUUCUGUCAAAUUAUAGAGUCUAUCUAUCAUCAACCAAUGAUAUGAUGACCAUUAAGAGAAGGAUCGAGUUGUAUGAUAUUCAAAAAGUAUCAAAGCCAGCUAAAAGCGAAGCUGAUUUAAUUGAUAUCAUUCUAUAUGGAACAUCAACAAUGGGAAGAGAGUUAGUCAUAUACACCAAUGAAUGUAGUAAAUUGAGAGAUGAGAUUGACAAAUGCAUGGAUAUGUUCAAAUCUCCCUUCAUUCUUCAAGAGGCUUCUAUUGAAAACCAUGACAACUCUGCUUUAGGUAGAACACGAGAAAACGAACAACAUGAAAAAGUCUCCAUCGAAGUGACAAUAAGAAAGGCAGACAAGUUAAGACCAAGUCCAAAGAAGAGAAUUGACAACCCAAUAUUUUACAUGGGAAUUGGUAAUCCAGAACAUUUCGGUCAAAAUAGAGAGGAGAGAGUCAAAUCCAAAUCAGUUAAAACAGGAAGAUCUCCAGAGUGGAAUGAAACGUUUACCCUUGAUCUAUUCCCAAGUAAUGAAUUAUUGCUUGAUGUUCGACUUUACAGCAAAGUGGGUGCAACCAAGAAUGAUUUUGCCUAUGGAGUGGUCAAUAUUCCAUUGAAAGAGAUUUUAAUUCCUAAAGAAGACACGAACGAAGUGAAACCAGAGCUGAAAGGAAAGUGGGAAAUUUGGUGUGGAAUGAGCAAGACAGACACUGGAACGAGAAAAGAGGUCGUUGGUGAUCUCUUUGCAACCAUCAAGUUACUCCAGGAUCCAAAAUCGCUCCCAAGUUGGCUCACUAAUCAAGUUGUUCAAUCAAAAACCACUCUCCCAUUGGCAUGUUUAUACACUAAAUUUCUAAUGUUCGAAAAUUGUCAAGAAGUACCAUUCAUCUAUGGCUCAAAUAUUGAUGAGAGUAAGACUCAAAGGUUUGACACCACCACUGACAUUGUGUCUAUUAUUCAUCAACAGUCUAAUUCCUUGACUGCUUUAAUUGACACCAGAACAAGAAGAAAAAUUUACACUCUCGAAAAGAGUUCUUUCUUGAAGAAGGAGUACACGAUCAGAGAUCAUGAUGGCAAUGUUUUUGCAAAAUGCUUCCACAAGAUGAAGACAAUCAGAAAAACAAAAAUUAGAAUGUAUUUAAUGAAUGGAGAAUAUCUCUAUUCGAUGGAAGGAGGUUGUUUUGAUGACAAGAAGAAAGAUAAUGAAGUGAUUAUACUGAACAGUUUGGGAUAUCCUGUUGCAAGUGUUUUGUUUGGAAAUAAGCUCAGUGGAAGAGGUAAAAUGAUCAUGGUAACCAUAUUGGAUCCUCUUGUGGACAGACCACUGAUUAUUACUUUUUGCCUUGACCAACAAAUUGAAGAAAUUGAUCUCGAACGAUUCGGAGGAGAGGAAGAUCGAAAAACGCUCUCUCUCGUAAAAAGUUUGGACCUUUCCAGAAAUCAUAUUCAUCGGCUUUCCAAUCUUCAAAGUUUUACCUCUUUGAAUAUUUUGAAUAUAUCCCGUAACAAAUUACGAAAACUUUCAGGUCUUCCUCUAGGAUUAACGAAAUUGGAUGUCUCUCAUAAUUUACUUACAAAAUUGGUUGGAAUUGAGAUUUUGAGUUCAUUGCAAGAGCUGAAUGCAAGUUACAACCAUAUCAAUCACACGUACAAUGUAUUUAUUACUCUAGGAAAUUUAACAUCUCUAAAUUUAUCAAACAAUCACAUUAAACAAUUGGAUGGAAUGGAACAUUUAACAAAACUAGUGGAUUUAAAUGUUAUGAACAAUGAAAUUAGUAGCUUUGAUUCGAUACGAGGAUUAUCAAAUCUUAGAUCAUUACAAUAUUUAAAAAUUAAGGGAAAUCCAAUUGCCAAACAUUCCAACUAUGUGAGCUCACUUUCAAAUCUGGUACCCUCUCUGAUUCAUAUUGACACUAUUGAUUUAAAUAAUGGACUUCUUGAUGAGUUAGAAUCUGUUGCAAGUCAUUCUGUGGCAACCACCUCCGAUGAAGAUUCAGAAUAUUUUGAUACGACAGGUGAACAUGGAUCCUCACUGAGAGGAAAAAGAAGAUUCAGUUUGCAGUCGACGAGUUCAGAUUUAGCAUUGGAUCCAUUCUCAACAACAAAUUCUUAUGUAAAAAGACCUGAAACACCACAAGGAAGAAUUCAACCCACCAUCACUUCAUCCAUCAAUGUUGAAAAACCAACAAGACCAUCCAGUGCUCCUAAACGACCAACCAGUCAAGCUUCUUCCUAUAUUCAAUCAAAGAGAUUAAUGAGAUCAUUCAAUCAUGGAUCUGCUGGUCAAAUUGAUGCUCCAAAAAUACAAAAGACGAACAAUCAUCGAGAACUUGAAGACGUUAAAUUGGUUCUAAAUCAAGAGCAACAAGAAAAUUCGAGACUUGAGAAAGUGAAUGAAAGUUUGAGAGGGGAAAUUACAUCUCUAAAGAAUAUCAUCAAAAAUCUACAACAAGAUUGUGAUACCUUCAAAUCCUCUAAUGAAAAUAUUUUACUGGAAUUAGAAUCUCUAAGAACAAGACAUGAUCGAAUGCAACGCAAUUAUCGAAAUGUUCAACAAUUAUACAAGGAGGAAAAACAAAAAAGAAUUACCUCUGAAGAAGGAAGAAAUGAAUUGCAAAAACAAGUUUCCAAAAUGAGAGUAUCUCUUCAUCAUCACAAAUCUCGAUUAGAUCUUGAACACAAAGAAAAGACCCAAAAUUAUGACUUGUUGAAAGAACAACAUGAACAAGUGAAACAAGAUGUUCUUCUCUUAUUGGAAUAUAUUUCAGUCAUUGAACAACGAUCCUUACAACAACAGAAAUUAUUGGAAGAUAUGUUCAAUCUUGUUAACAAUGACGAUACUCAUUCCAUUAAGGAAAGUAUACUAGUCUUAUCGGAACGUCAUAAUCAUACAAUGACUGAAUCAGAUCUUUCAGAACGAGUGAAAAGUAUUUUUGAAAAUUAUCAACCUGAAAGAUUUAAAUACAAGAACACAAGUCGAAUGAAAGGAAAUCCAAAUGUUCGAAACUUUAAUGAAUUGAGGCAUCUCGUUCAUUCACAGGCCAAUGCAAGUACUUACAAAUGGGAAACUACCUUAAGGAAUCAUCAAAGUGGAAGUAGUAGUAGUACUUCUAAUGCCACCACAACGACGAUGACUUCUUCCAACACUCUUCCUGAACAAGCUCAACUAUUCAAUGGUGGUUCUCAGAAUGCAGCAUGUAAUACUCACAAGAAGAAUAUUCCAAGUAAUUCUCAAUUACUUGUAACAAAAACCAAAGAAAAAUCAAACAACACUUCUCCGAUCAUUACCAUUCCAUCCGUUUCGCCUGAAAAGAAACCACCACAGACUUCAACAGAACCUCUUGGUUCAUCACAAAUACUCAAGAUUAUUGAAGAACAAUCACAAAAUUUAAUUACUCAAUUGAAAUCCAAUGAAUCAUUGAACAACAAUUUCAAUUCGAAUGAUUAUGAAGAAAAGGCAGAAAUACUUUCGACACUCAAUGAUCUGACACGAGUGGAUGUGAGUUCAAGUCAUGAAAAUUUGUAUUCAUUUUCUCCAAAAAAGGAUAAGAAUUCAACAAACUCCUCUUAUCUUGUCAUGAAUCACACAGUCACCACCACUGAUACCACUGAUGGUAGUGUAGGUGUCGAAUCGACCUUAUCAAGUGACAAACAAGAUCCAGUGGAAUUACUUUCAAAAAUGUCUCCAACUGAGCUUCAACAAUUGUUAGCAGAAUUAUCUCACCAAUAUUCAACCACACAGAUUCAAAUGGAUGAAACCAUUCCCUCUCACCUUACAACAACAACAGUGAAUGACAUUACAAUGAACAACAAUGGAGAACGUCACAUGUCUUCAAACAUCAAUAACAACAAUAUUAGGAAUGAAAGAGAACAUGAAGAUAAAAAGACAUCACCAUCCUCACCAUCAUCAUCACCAACUCAUCAUCACUCGAUCAUUACUUCACUUGAAGAUGAAACAAGUGCACUUACCAGAGAUAUUCACUUCCCUUCACCAGAGAAAAAGAUCCUAACCAUCUCACCUUACAAGAAUGAACGAGAAAUGAUUGUGAAACAACGACUUCAUGAACGAUUGGCUUUGGAGAGAAAGAAAAUGGGAGUGGGAGGAUUGGAUUUGUAA